AUGUUAAAUGAAGUGAGAUUAAGAAUUCAGUUGUAAAAAAGUCUCCUCCACCAUUGGUUAUUUUGUUGUAAAAGUCAUUGUUAAAACAUUAAAAAUGUCGAAAUUAUUUUGUCAACUUUGGAUACUAUUGCUUUUUGCCUCGACACAUGGAGUGCAUAUUGAUACGGGACGUAACACGCAUAUGAUUCAUUGGAAUCAUGACCAGAACGGUAGAGAUUGGGAAGGAUUAUGCAAAACCGGAAAAAGUCAAUCCCCCAUUGAAUUGACGAAAAGAUUCAGCGAACAUAAGCGAUUACCAAACCUAAAUUUUCAAAAUUACUUUGAACAUUUCGGAAAACCGUCAGUAUUGAAAAAUACUGGGUAUACAUGCAGCUUUAAAAUUGGGAAAACAAGAUUUUCUGAAAAUUUAGAAGUAAGUGGUGCUGAUCUUAAAGGUACAUACAUAGCGGAAGAGCUUCAUUUCCACUGGGGAUCCAUGGUCAGUAAAGGAGCUGAGCAUAUAAUAAAUGGACGGCGCUUCAAUGUGGAGAUCCAUGUGGUUCAUCGUCGUUCAAUAUACAAUACCAUGCAAGAAGCUAUUUUACAUCCCGAUGGAUUAGCUGUAUUGGCGAUUAUGAUUCAUAUUCCAGAUUAUCGUGAAAGUGGAAAUUACACAGAUGCAAGGCAUAGAGAUAUCCAUAGGAAUUUAACGACACUUGGUGACUUAGCGCCACAUUCGCAGAAGCGUUUCCAUCAAACACCGCAAUCCAUGGAAGAUUUUUUAAUGCUUCUUCCUCGAAUCCAAGAAUAUCAUUCGACAACAUUAGUACACCCAGCUGUUACGGUUGGAAUCAUCCUCAAGAAAUUGGAGAUACAUAAUUUUUAUAGUUACCAUGGCUCGUUGACCACACCGGAUUGCCAUGAGUCUGUCCAUUGGAUAGUAUUUCGGGAGCCGUUGAUUGUCAAUUUAAAUCCAGUUUUUAAUCUUUUUUUACUUCGCAAUGUAGAUCGAAAGAACGUAUUGAACAACUUUCGAGUAAGUCAACCCAUUUACAAUAGAAAAAUUAUAUAUAAAAUUUAAUUUUAGUUAAUAAGAGGUUUUCUAUGUAAUUAUUAUUAAUAUU